AUGGCUGGCGAAGGGACCGAGGCGAAUCUCUUCGCAGUCCCAGACUUUUGGCAAAAGUCAAAAUGGCUGCAGGACCUCGCAACGGACCCCAAGGCCGACUUCUUCUCUUUACACAAAAAUGAUGUUCCGCAGAAUAAAGAUGACGGCUCCUUCGCGGCUGUCGGGCCAAUCUUCGCCGAUCCGAAUAGGCUCUUUAAACCUCCAGUCUUCGAUGCCUCCAAUUCUCCCGAGCCAGAGCCUUCAGUCGAUGAGAUGAGCACGGCUAGCGAGCCGAUACCUGAUCCCACCUCCGAGGAAUCAGAUACGUGGAUGGACCUUGACGAACCUGCUGUCACGCCACCCACCCACCGAACCUGGGACGCCUUCGAAGCGGGCACGACAGUACCGCACGAGCCGUUGUUCCUGAGCGAAGCAGGAGCUUCGACAUACGACGCUUUGCUCUCGCUGCCUACGGACCCUCUUCGCUUGCGCAACUCUGACGUACCCGUUGUGGAAACCAAGGCAUAUUUCUCAGCGUUGCUAACUCUUGCUCUCGGCCAGCAGUCUCUGCUCUUCAUUCGAAAUCGUCCCGGGAAGACAUUCCGACCCGCGCUGCCAAAGUUCCGCAUAUCUGGAUACUCCCGCCAAGUCUUGGCCGGCGUUGAGGAAGAGUGCUUGGCGUGUGGCAUGCGCAUGCUGGACUUGCGCUCGUUCAUUCAAGCCUCAUACACGGGCGGAGCUAGCCCAUGCCGCAUCGCCCUCGCCAGUGCCAUCAGCCGCAUCCUGCAGGUAGUGCACAAAUACGUUACGGUCGACAAGGCGCAGCCUCCGUCGCUGCUUCAACUGCAAGCAUCAAUAGCUUGUCUGGCGGCGAUUGUAAAGCCGCUGGUCAGACUAAAUGCGCAGCUGCGAUCGAACAUGCGGGACCACGACAUUCUUUCUGCCGUCUUCCAUCACGCGUCUCUGGCAGAUGCUGAAAGUCUAUUUAUUCGUGACAUGAUGCGAGAAAUCUUGCAGCGCGUGUCAAUGCCCUGGAUUGAGUUCUUGCAGGAGUGGGUUGGGACCAGGGUCGAACAGGAUAUUCCCAUUUCCAAAUCCGAUCUUGGCGCCAGGAAAUGGUUCGUCAAGGUUGAUAAAGAGAUUUAUGUGGAUGAUUUCGGGCGGCAAGUUGAGGAUAUUGACUUUCGCCUCGAUCGCUCCCGUGUACCAUCAUUCCUACCCAACGAUGUAGCACAAUCAAUAUUCGAGACCGGCAAGAACCUACGCUUUAUCCGGAGCCAUCAUCCCGAACAUGUGCUGGCCAGUACUCAAUUCACGGUGUCACAGAAGCCCCCGGAGAUCAAGUGGUUGUUUGAUUGGAACACCAUUUCCAGCCUCGAACGCGGCAUCAAGUCGUUCAGGGAGCGGAUGCUGACAGCGGUGAACGAUUAUCGGCGGGGAAACUCUCCUCAAAUUGGCCUCAUCGCCCAGGGGUUUCCACAGGAAUCACAAGAAUACGAGCUCAUAUUCUACGGUGUUGAUGAACAAGAAAUGGAGAAUCGCAUACAAGCAUCCAUGCAGCGUUUGCAAGAGCCGCUCAGGGACGAAACCGCGGGCGACUCACUUUCAACCAUUGUCCGCCGCCAACUUGACCAAGGCUACUCUGACAGCUCGAGGAGUGGUCUUACACCCCAUUGGUCCUUGCUUCCGCUGCUUUCGUUUGGGGCGUUGGUAUCAGCGCAGGCACGCUCCAUAAACCAAGAGCACAUGAGACUUCUCUUUAUCGAGCACGAUCUUGCUGGGCAUCUUCGCCUGUAUAGGGAAUUUCACAUGCUUGGAAGCGGACUCUUUUGCACCAGACUCUCGCAAGCCCUUUUCAACCCCAAUCUUGAGUCAGCGGAGAGACAGGCAGGUAUUGCGAGGCAAGGCGGCGUCAUGGGUCUCCGCCUUGGUGGACGCGACACCUGGCCGCCGGCUAGUUCAGAAUUGCGCCUGGCAUUGAUGGGUAUUUUAUCUGAUGCUUACUUGGAUAGACGGCCCAAGUCGCUCAACAAGCUUGACAGAGAUGGUGACAAACUUCCUGGAGACUUUAGCUUCGCUGUCAGGGAUCUCUCGGAAGAAGAGAUUGAGAAAUGCAUGGACCCCAACUCGCUGGAAGCACUGGACUUUCUCUGUUUGCAGUACACAACACCGCCAGCUUUGAGCAGCGUUAUUACCCCGGUUGUUCUAUUGCAAUAUGAUCGCAUCUUCCGGCUUCUCUUACGCGUCCUGCGAAUGAUGUACGUCGUUGAUGAGCUAUUCCGGCAAACGCUUUGGGCCAGCCGAGUGUACGGAUAUGAGCUGUCGGAGGAAGAAUAUCGCUUUGUCCGCGAGGCUCGCGUUUUUGUCUCGAGCGUAGCUGGGUACUUUCUCGACAUCGCUGUCUCCAUCCCUUGGCAGGCUUUUGAAAGCCGCCUGCAGCAGAUGCAGGCCGCCCUCGAGCUUUCUCGCAGUGACACGGUCACGAAGCAACCGCCGAGUCCGCUUCAACUGCAGCAGCUCCACAGCAGUCUAUUAUACGCCAUCAUGAGCGGACUGUUCUUGCGCAAGAGACAACAGCCGAUAUUGAAUCUACUAGAGGACAUCUUCAAUGGCAUUUUGGAGUAUGCCAAGGCCGCCAAAGCCAGGGACUCGGCGGCAGCGGCGCAAAGCCAAGCAGAGGAAACGAAGCCGCCGUCGGAGCUGUAUCGCGAGUUCAAGCAAAAGGUGCAAAUUUUCAUAUCCGUCUGUCGCAGCAUAUCCGAAAAGGCAAAGUCGGAGCCCAAGAGCAAGGAUGGCGGCGAUGGACUAUUCGCAUCGGCGGGAAUUGAGAAGCAUGCCGCGCGCUUCUAUGAAAUCACCAAAGACCACGACGACAUGUACACCUACACCGACAACGGCCCCUACCACUCCCUUCCGCACAUAAUCGACACCUUCUUCAUCCCAACCUUCUUCUCCGGCAGCAACGCGCGGCGGAGCUUCCCCUACGCCGUCAUCGACAAGACGCGGCCCCCCUCCACCGAGGACCCCUCCGGCGAGCUCGCGGGACUCUUCUCGUACGAGCACGCGGACGCGGAGACUCUGUGCGUCGAGAUCGGGCACGUGCGGGUGGCGCCGGGGUAUCAGCGGCGCGGGGUGGCGGUCGCGGCGGCGGCGCUGAUGGUGCGGCACGCGCUGGACGGGCUGGGUCUGGCGAGGGUGGGCUGGGGCGCGAGCAGCGUGAACGAGGCAUCGGUGGCGGUCGCGCAGAGGGUCGGGUUCGGGAUGGUCGGGACGGUGCCGUUCCAGAGGGUGCUCAGGGACGGCAAGGCGAGGGGAAAGGUGGGAAACGGAAGGGGGGCGCUGCCGGGGGCCCGGGAGGGGGAUGUUUGGAGGGACGUGCUGAUGUUUUGCAUAACGUGGGAGGAGUGGGAGGCCGGGAAGAGGGAUCAUGUGUUGGGGUUGUUGGGAGAUGGAUUGGAUGGGGAUGCAUGA